GGGCUGGGCCAGACUGGUCGUUCUUCUGCUCUGGGACACUCACGCGGUCCUGGAACAGCCGCCAGGGUCCCCGGCUUGGGGGGCGGCUGGUCGGGGAAAUUGAUCUCCGGACCCUAGCCCUCCAAGUUGGGCAGCUCUGGCCCUGCCUCCUUCGGGUGGUCGUCGGGAGGCGACGUCCAGGCCUCGGUUUGCCCACCUAUAGCCAUGGGACGCAGGAAGUCAAAACGGAAACCACCCCCCAAGAAGAAGAUGACAGGCACCCUGGAGACCCAAUUCACCUGUCCUUUCUGCAACCACGAAAAGUCUUGUGAUGUGAAAAUGGACCGUGCUCGCAAUACCGGAGUCAUCUCUUGUACCGUGUGCCUAGAGGAAUUUCAAACGCCCAUCACAUAUUUGUCAGAACCAGUGGAUGUGUACAGCGAUUGGAUAGAUGCCUGUGAGGCAGCCAAUCAGUAGCAACACAGAGGACCCAUCCCUUGGUGGCCCUGCCUGCCACGGACCCACCUGCUGGGUCCCAAUCCAGAGACAUUCCAGGGGUCCAGGGUGUGGGUCCAGAGCUGUGUGUAUGGAAUGGGUGUGAGCGUGAGUGAGCUGGUGUGGCUGCAAGCAUGGCUGUGUGCACGUGGACUUGGGGUGAAAUUGGUCUCCUGGGCCUGAGAGGCCCAAACUGGCCUCAUUUGGCUCCAGACUCCUUUGAACUGCUCCAUUCUCCAGCCCCAGCCUCCUGUGGCUUUGGAGUCCUGGCUCCUUCAGGGUAGGUUCCUGACAUCCUGGGCAAGGGAAGCCACCAGAGUCUGAAGCGGGACCUCCCUGGACUCCUCACCCACCUCACCAGCACCUCACCUGUGUGAACAGGAUUUCCCGCCCUUCUUCCCUUCCUCCCAGUGCCUGUAACUGGGUGUCAGAGCCACGUUCCCCAGGUCCCUUGGCUGGGCCUCGGUAGGAGGCCAGCUUCCCUGUGCUAACUAGAUAAGCUCUGUGUUAAUGGGAGCUGCUUUUAUAGAGGAGGCAAGGAACGGUGUGGGGAUAGCUGUCAAUCAACUAGCCCUUCAAUAAAGCAGCUCAUGGAGAUCCUG